AUGGGAGAUGAUCAGGGCACGUGCGGCCUAAAAGAAGAGGGCGCAGGGAGCGACGGAUCGAGAGAAUGCGAACUCGAGAACGCCAGUGAGAACGAGGAAGAGGAGACUCAACUACCUCCGCUUGCUGAUGAAGAACCGAGAAAAAGCCGUGCCUUUUUUCCCCUGCUGUUCCCCUCCCCGUUUUGCGCUUCUCCGCGUUCUCUAUCGCCCUGUGCAUCGGCUCCAACUCUUCGUUCAAGUUCUUCUUCGUCCCCACCCUGCACUUCUUUUGCGGCUGUCUCGUCCCUCUUCGAUUCACAGUCUCACUCUUGUUCUCGCUCGUCGUCGCCUUCCGUUUCGUCGAUAUCUGUCUCUUCUGCGCCACGCCGCUAUCCUUCUUCCCCCUCUGCGUGUCUGCCCCGUUCUUCGCUUCCGCCUCCUAAGCCAGGCUUGAAGCAAGUGGAAGGCGGACGAGUGAGAGGGGACACUGGCGCGAAGGGAGAGGCCAACGCGGGAGAGGGAACAGCGUCGGAGGAAAACGAAGAGGCAGAGGGGAGUGAGACGCGAGUUAGCGGGGAAAAUGAAAUGGAGGAAUUCGGAGAGAACGGGGGGAAACCAGUGGAAGAGAGAGCGCAGGAACAAGAUGUACAAGAGAAGGAAGCGACGAUGCGCGUUGCCGAAGACAGGACGUCGAAGAGACAACCCGGGACGGAGGUGAACCGCGAGAAAACGGUGAACGGCGAAGACGAAGCAGGAGAGGCGAACGCGAGAGACGACAAACACCUAUGCACGGGACGGAACUGCCAUGGCGACGCACUUGCUUCUUCGUCUGCUUCCUCGGGGACCCAAGGCGACGCGCUUGACUUGAAUGCGCAGAAGGACGAAUCCGCCAAGGGGGCUGUCUCGAGGUCUUCUCCGUCUGCUGAGCUUUCUGUCGCGACGCACACGCACGCCUCUGUGUGCUCCAAGAAACGAAAAAAAACGUCGAUGUGCACCUUAAUCGGACGGAAGAAGUCUCGGCCACAGCCGCGGCGUCUGCGCUUAAGACCGCGUUUCAAGGGUAAACCAGAGAAAGGAGACGAGGACGACGCACGCGAGGACGGGCGCGUGAAUGAGCACGAAGACGUGAGGAGGGAGAGUGAGGCGGAGACGCAGGAAGGCCUACGGACCGGGGCGACUGAGAAGGUGGUAAUGGGCUGCGGGGAGAGAGAAAGGGAGGACGCAGCGAGAGUGCUGGACCUAGAUCUGCAGAGAGAAGGGCACGUUGAAGGAGAUCGUGUGCAGGAGAGAGAAGAGAGGAAGGCGGGCGAGACGGAGAUCGACGAGGAGGACCAGGGGGAGCAUGGCAUACCGAAGUGUGUAGCGGAGAAAGCGGCCAAAGAAGACGAGGCGAACGCGGCAGGGAAGACGAAGGGCGACCGAGUUGGGGACUUACAGGGGGCGGCCGGAGACAGGGAGCGCGACCACGUGAUGGCUUCAGAAGAUCGAAUUCAAGCGAAAGACGAGGCAGGGGAACAGCAGGAAGCAGGUCUGGGGAACGUGGCGCCAAGCUCUGAAGAGGGACCAGAGGAGACGCCACGAACGACGGAGGAAGAAGCACAGAUGAAGGAAACGGAGUGGGCAUCGGAAGGGAAACAGGAGGCGGGAAAGCGGGGAAACGCAAAUCAGGGAGAGCACGGCCACGAAGGCCAUGCCCCGCAAGAGAAUAAAGCCGGCGUUCCAGGCAAAGGACUCGAGGUGCGUGGAAACGAGGAGAUUCUUGAGACAACCAGAGUGCCGACAGAUGAAGAGCUUGCUGUCUGGCUGUUCCCGAAAGACGACGCCGGAGCAGAGAGUGGAACUCUGAAUUCGUGUCCUUUCGAAGCAACCCCACAACAGACACUGCCUGCCGAUCCACCCAGCGCCUGCUUCCCGCUCUGCUGCGCUUCCCCCGGAGAAGACCAGCCGCAGCGGCUUUCCUCUUUCUCUUUUCCACUUCCCGAAGGCGAAGAACCGACCCUCGUUUCUGUGUCCCCCUCCGCGUUCGGUCGAGAGGCACAGGGCGAGCAGCAGUCCGUGCCUGCCGCUGCUUCGUCUCCUCCCCAGUCACGCCAAGAAGGUGGAAGCUGGAAAGCACACUUCCUUUGCUCUCUUCCUAGUUCACUUGGGGACGCCGGUCGCCGUCCUGUCUCGUGUCCACCAUCUUCGCGCAAAGGUGCUGGGCCAGAAACAAAGACGGAUGAGGAGGCAGAACGCGAGUGUGGCUUACCACACAAAGGCGCGAAACGAACUGGCGACGCUGCAGGAGAAACGAGCUCGACUGAGUCCCGCUUUUCCUACGAGGAAUUGACUGCCUUCGUUCAUGGCCUGCUGGAAAAGGCGAUUGAAAGUCCGCAAGUCGUGUGCAAGGUCAAACAGAUGCUGCAAGAAAUUGAGGAGCGUGAGAAACGCGAAGCGGUAGGGAGAGGGAAGGAACAGGCCGGAGGAGGCAGGAAGGCCAAGGGAGAAGGGGAGAGAGACGCGGGAAAGAUCUGCGCGGACGGGGUCGGAAGAGAAGAGCAGGACGAUGGGCAAAGAGAUCCGGAGGCGAAAGACGGGAAGGGGAGGCAGGAAGAGAGGGAAGGAGCGGGGCAGAAAAAGGAGGAAGAGCCGGCAGACAAAGACGAACGCGUGGAGAGACAGGCGCCUGAGGAGGGGGAGCACAGCGCGGUUGAGCGCAGGGACGAAGAGAUUGUGCAGCAGAAGGAGCAAGAGCGAAGGCAGGCGAAAACGCCAGGAAGGGAAAGGACUGGGAAGAAGGGACAAGGCAACGCGCACGAGGCCACACGGCCCGCGGCGAAGCGGAGGGAGGGGAAGAAAGAGGAGAGCAAGACAGCUGAUCUUGAAAAUGAAAGACAGAGCAUGGAGAGACCGGAGGACGACCGAGAACCUCGCCCCCGACGCAGAGUGAAUAUGCAGCGAUUGGAAGAACUGCAUCGACAAGUGUUUGAGAAGCAGCGGCGAAAUCGCGAGAGAGCCGAAGCGAUCGCGCGCGAUGAGGCCUUGAAACUCGAACAAGAAAAGGCUCUCCUCAAACGGCGACUGCCUCCUGCAAGGCUGAGAAGGCUCGGGACAAAGACAGUCCGCGACGCCCCGAUCCUCGGCGCUUCUGGGCAGAAUCGCGAUGUGGAUGCGCCCGCGUCAGCGGCAGCCAGGAGAGAAGAGUCUGCCCAGACACAAGGCGCGGACGAUAACCACCUCCCCGUCGGCACUCCGUUGCCUUUGCAAAGUGCAUCGCAUCUGGACGCGAGCAGCCCCCCUCGCUCACUGGAGCGCGAAGCGAAAGAAGACAAACAGACACCGCCACAGUUUCCCGGUGCGGUCCGCAGUUCCUCCUCGCGACGGAGCGACGAAGAGCGGAACGGCGAGAGGCAAAAGACGUCGUCAGUGCCUUCGCUCGGCGUCUCUCCCGAGUUGCGAGAAGGGCAAGAUAGGUGGAUCCCGAGAGAAGUCGAGGCGGAUGAGGAAAAGGUAUGUGUUGGACAGAUUGAACGCACGGCCGCUGCUCCGCAGCGCAGUCGAGGGCCCCGCUGGGGCCACGUGGAGAGGUUUUUGGAUGCCGUUGACGAGCGUGCAGCCUGCCUUGGGUCGGAGGUCGGCAACCAUGCCUCGGAUACUGUGCUUCCCAUGCCUUCUGGUCCGUCUGCUGGCGUCAUCUCUUCUCCACUCGAUUGUCCUGCUUCGCAGGCCGACGAGCCGAAGACCGUUCGACUCCUCCGACUGCUGGAAGAGCGCGCGUUUGCCGCAGCGGUCGAUGUCUUGAGAGGGCUCCGGUCUUCCGCUUCUGGCGAGACGCGGGGGGAUUUCGCUGACUGCAUGCAAAUUGAGGGGACUUCGUGGGAGGAACUGGGUCUUUUCUCCGCAGCACUCACUUCUGCCAAGGGACGCGUCUCGACCGCGCAGAAGACGACUGGAAGAGCAUCAAACAACAGGCCGGAGAGAAGAGACGACGGGGGUAGAGAGCGAGGCACCCAAGAUGGCAGCAUGCGGGGAAGCAAGGCGAACAUCCGCGGAAACAGGGAAGGGACCCGAGCCGUGGAAAAGAGAGGAGUGGAGGCAGGGGUGGGGACAUCAAAGAGAGGGAGUCCGUCGAGCACGGUUCAGUCCAAGACGGCAGGCCUCGCCUGGGAAGCGCCAGGCAAAUCUCAAAGCGUCAAACGGAUGCUCGCUUCGUCCGCCGGACCCUCCGCACCUUCCAAAAACAGUUUCGAAGAGGCAGCAGCCCACUUCCUCCAGCAUGCAUGUGCAGACCAGUUGCAGAGACGGAAGAAAGGCAGAUGUCGCAGCCUAGCAGCCGGUGGAGGUUGCGAGCGAGGUGUAAACGGAUGCAGGGCAGGUGAUGGCAGGCCUGCAGCGAAUGAAGACCGGGGAACGCAAGGUCGCUUCGAAUCGCGAGGAGACAAAGCAGGGAGCGCGGUUUCCUCAAGCACGCAAGCGAACGCAGUUGAGUACGUCGACAGCGGGUCGCACGAAGGCGCUGCGUUUACUCUCUCUCGAAGGCCGGGUUUCCCUUUCUUCGAUCCAGUCGCGUUAGAGCCUUUCUCCUUCGAGCGAAUUGAGAGCAUCAUGGAAAAAAUAACCGAAAUGGAAGAGCUAACGGGGCUGCGCAGCCGGGAAGGACUCCGGGACCUCAUGGAUCCAGUGCACUGCAUGUGA